AUGUCGGCUAGCGGAUGGAUUGUUAAGACUAACAAGAGUCCUCUGGCCUGGGUACCCCUGCUCACAUCCUUCCCUCUCUUAACCCCGGAGGUCGCAAUCACCCUCGACGACAAUUCUCUCAACCCGUGUUCUGAGCCGGAAAAAAUGGCGGCAGAAAUGGAAAAGGGCGGGAGUCUUCCAGCGCAAGACGCAUUGCCCCAGUCAGAAACGACUGUCGAGACAAGCAUUGCCGGCGAGGGACAGGACGAUGUCGAGCCCGUUGUGACGCUGAAGACUUGGCUCGUCUCUUGUAUUCUUUCGUGCGGAUAUGGUUUAUCAUUCUGGCCCGUGCCGACGAUGUCUGCCAUCGGCACCUCGGUUUCCGCGGACUUGGGAAAUCCUUCGGGGUACAUGUGUGGUUCUAAUACGGACCUGCUUGGUCGACGAUGGUUCCUAGUCGGAGGUAACUUGGUCUGCACUGUCGGUCAUAUUAUUGUGGCGUCGGCGAAAAACACCAACCAAAUCAUCGCCGGUUUCGCCGUCUCGGGCUUCGGGGCAGCCAAUUGCCAGAUGGCCGCAUUUGCCCUGCCCGAGCUUCUCCCGAACAAGUGGCGACACAUUGGGGUCGUUAUUGCCGACUUCACCGUGUACAUCGCGGUCAUUGUGGCGCCCGUCACGGCUCGUUUUGGCUACGAGUUUGGCACCUGGGCCUGGAACUUCUGGGCCGUUGCCAUCUUCCAGGGUCUUUCUUUCGUGGGAUUGUUGCUGUUGUACUUCCCACCGGCCCAUCCAAUCGGCGUUUCCUACAGCGAGGCGUUCAAGUCACUUGAUUAUGUCGGUGCCGUGCUGUUUAUUGGCGGAAUUGUACCUCUGCUGCUAGGAAUCGUGUGGGCAGGUGUCUACGAUUCUAACGAUGCGCAUGUGGUGGCUUGUCUUGUCGUCGGGUUUGUCGUCUUGAUUAGCUUCGCGCUCUGGGAGACCUUCGCCAACCUGAAGUUCCCCUUGACGCCGACAUACGUUUUCACCAGCUCUUACGGACGAGACUUCACGGCCCCUGCCGUUGCCCUGGGUGUGGUCAACAUGUUCUACUACUCUUCAAGCAUUCUCUGGCCACAGAUGACGACUGUGCUGUACACCAACGGCGGUCUUGACUGGAAGUACGCCAUCGUGUUGACUCUACCCCAGGGGUUGGCAAUUGCUUUCGGUGCCUUUCUUCUGUCCGUCCUUGGACGGAAGCUUCAGAAUUGGCAAUGGCAGUUGACUGGAUCUGUAUUCAUCAUGGUUCUGUUUGGUUCCCUGUUGGGAAUGGCCACGCCUGACAACAAGGGCACCAUGAUCGCUUUCAUGUUUCUAUCUCAAGCCGGAUUCGGCUGGGGAAUUUACCUGAGUAUCGCGAUCACGCAGAUGGGGGUGGAGCAUAAGAACCUGGGCGUCAGCGGUGGUAUCUCAGGUGCCAUUCGCUUUGCUGCCGGCGCAGUGGCCACCACGGUCUACAACACCGUCUUUACUAACAGUCUGUCCGAGUGGACUCAGAAGCUGGUUCCAGCUGCUGUCACUGCUGCAGGCCUAAACGAGUCGAAAGUGCCCGAUCUACUGACGGCAAUGUCUUCUUCUCCGUCUACAUUGGUUCAGUCCUUCGGGGCCACGGUGGCAGCGGCCGCAGUCGACGCCAAUAAACAUGCUACUUGCAAGGCCGUCUUUGUGGUGGCAAUGGUCUCCAUGGCGUUCGGUAUUGUGGGCAUUAUUGCCUGUCUUUGCUGCAAGGACGUUGAGCAUAAAAUGACCAACACGCUUUCCUCGCGUGAAGACCCCCCCGACGAUUCUCUUGCCUCGUCAACUCAGACCCCAGCGGGUAGAAUGCGAUUCAUCCCAGCCGUCGCGGCAGCGCUCGUAGGCACGACGCAGGCCAAAUUCUACGAUUUUUCCAACGAGGUUUUCAAUGGGGAGGUCCCCGUUCAGUAUAUCUCCGACGAUGUCUUCGACGGUCCCAAGGUAGGCCCAUUGAACGGCUCGACCUACGACUGGUGGUACUUUGACGCCGUGUCUUCUACCAGCAAUGCGUCGGUCGUCCUAGUUCUCUACCGAUCCACCCCGGGAGGAAACCCUUAUGUCCUGGAAGGCUCCUCGGCAUCGGUCAAUUUGUUCAUCACCGGGGAGGACGGAAUUCCGCAGUAUUACCCCAUCCCAAACCUGCCCGAUCGCGACGGCGAGAUCACAGUCUCUACCGAUGGCCAGGGGGCAUCUGGUGUCUGGACGAGCACGGGGUUCAGUUUCUUUGGGUCUUUCGACCUCAGCAGCUAUACAGUUCAUGUCAACGCGCCGGUGCUAGGGUUGAAUGGAACGCUUUCGUUGGCAUCGAAUGCGCCAGCCCAUUACCCUUGUGGACCGAACCAGCCUGGCCAAAACCUCCUCGUCUCACCUCAUGUGGGAUGGGCGAAUGCCAUGCCGGAUGCCAAUGCCGCGGCCUCGUUCACGAUUAAUGGCACCGAUAUUCAGUUCACGGGAAUCGGCUACCACGAUAAGAACUGGGGCGACCAGCCCCUCGGCCGUCACGUCAAGACCUGGUAUUGGGGCCAUGGUCGCCUGGGCCCCUAUUCUUUGGUGUGGUUGGACGUAUUGCAUCCGAGUGGGCGCGAGUAUGUGAGUGGGUACGUGGCCAAAGAUGGCGAUGCCUUGCAGAACUCCUGCGCGACGGAGGCCAUACAGGUUCAUCCGUGGUUUUCUACUUCGGCCACGAACGCUUCUUUUCCCGACGGAUUCACCGUGGCGAUAGAGCUGGCAGACGGACCCUUGCGUGUGACGGUGAGGAACCGCGUCACAAUCGCGCCAGGAACCACGUACCAUCGUUGGCUUGGAAACCUGUCGGGCGGCAUCGUCAAUCAAACGCAAUAUACGGGAGUGGGUAUCUGGGAGGAAUUCAAGGACCCUCCUCAGUAA